GCCAACUGUCUCGUAGUUCGGGUUUGCGGGCCGGUCCUUUGCGAAACUUUUCGGGUACACGCCUGGCCCUGAGUAAUGUUAUCGAGAUUGGCGGCGAGAAAUACGAAAGCGAUUCACAGACCAACGCCAAACGAACAAUUUUGGAUAAGCUGGGACGAAAUUUACUUCAUCUGGUAUAA